AAAACUGAACCCUGUCGACACAUCAGAUAUUCUCCAAGAAAUCUCGAGGCUGGGUUGUUUUAUUGACGUUCAUAAGAAGACAUGAGGAAGUGCAGCCCAUGGAUGUUUCUGCCUGUGAUGUUUUCUUUCUUCACAGCUGCUGGUCUCUGGGUUGUGUAUUUCAUUGCUGUGGAGGAUGAGAAAAUCACCCCACUCAGUUCAGAGUACAAGAGGUCAGAAUCAAAAUCUCCUCCAUAUAUCAGCAUCGCAGGCAACGCUCCACCUGCCAGCUGUGUGUUCAGUCAAGUCAUGAACAUGGCAGCCUUUGUAGGUAUGAAUGGUGCUCAGAUCCUAUCAGAGGACUUGGUCUUCUUAUAA